AUGCUCCUCCGCAGCAGAGCUCUCGUCCUAGCCGUCGGUCUAUUAACUGUGAUUCUCUUCUGCUAUUGGGCUGGUCGCACCCCUGAAUAUGUUGGCCCCCGAUAUGGACACGGCCCUUACAACCACAACCAAAAACACGGCUGGCCCGUAAAGGAUUCCUUGUGGAGGCAAGACCAGGAUGAUAACUACUACUGGAAGACUGUUAAGGUCAACUAUCCUCACUCGGCCUCACAACCACUGCCUACAUCCCCUCCCGUCACCUAUCCCAAGGUCCAGGCCACGUUCCCAGAGUUCAGCAUAAGUGCUGCUGAGUUGAGACGUGAGCGUCAACAGGCCAUCAAAGAGACAUUUUCAAGAUGUUGGAACUCAUACAAGAAGCAUGCCUGGAUGGCUGAUGAGCUCAGUCCUAUCUCGGGAGGCCAGGUCAACCCCUUCGGUGGCUGGGCUGCUACUCUCGUUGACUCCCUCGAUACUCUCUGGAUCAUGGACAUGCGUGAUGAGUUCAAUGAAGCUGUUACUGCCGUGGAUAAAAUCGAUUUUACCAAGACAGAACUCAAAGAAGUCAACAUUUUUGAGACCAACAUCCGCUAUCUCGGCGGUUUCCUUGCUGCCUUCGAGUUGAGCGAAGACAUGCGUCUGCUCCGCAAGGCAGUCCAGGUUGGUGAGAUGAUAUAUAAGGCUUUUGACACACCAAACCACAUGCCUAUCACGCGAUGGAAGUUCCACGACGCGGGCGAAGGCAAGAACCAGGUUGCUGGCGGAGUCCUCGUUGCUGAGAUUGGAAGCUUGUGUAUGGAGCUCACUCGUCUCUCACAACUUACAGGAGACCCCAAGUGGUUUGAUGCUUCGCAGAGUAUUAUGGACUUAUUGGCAGCACAGCAAGACUCCACCUUGCUCCCAGGUCAAUGGCCUCUAACUGUGGACGCAAAGAGCGAGAUCUUCAACCAAGGCUCAAUCUUCACCCUUGGUGCCAUGGCUGACUCCGUCUACGAAUAUCUACCAAAGAUGGCGGCGUUGAUGGGUGGUCAGCUACCUACCUACCAAACCAUGUACGAGAAAGCUGUGGACUCAGCGCUGGAGCACAACCUAUUUCGACCCAUGACGCCCGAAAACAGAGACAUUCUGGUCUCUGGACAGAUUCGUGCCAAAAACAAGGACGGAAACACCUCCUUCGAACUAGACAGCCAAGGGCAGCACCUAGUGUGCUUCCUCGGAGGCAUGCUGGCGUUGGGUGGACGACUCUUCAAUCGUCAGCAAGAUGUGGACGCUGCAGCCAAACUUGCAAAGGGUUGCAUCUAUGCAUAUGAGGCUUUUCCUCACGGUAUCAUGCCCGAGACUUUCUAUAUGAUUCCUUGCGACUCCAAGGACGAAUGUCAAUGGGACGAGAAACGAUGGAGGGAAGGUGUUCUGAGAGAGGCCAAGAUCAACGAAGGCGACGCGGCGCAAAUAGAUGCCAUCAUAAAGAAGGAGCACCUCCCAAAGGGAUUCACUCGCAUUCCUGACCGUCGAUACAUUCUGCGUCCCGAGGCCAUCGAAAGCGUUUUCAUGAUGUACCGCGUCACAGGCGAGCAUGAGUACACCGAGCAUGCAUGGACCAUGUUCAAGGCGAUCGAAGAAGCGACAAAGACAGAGCUGGCAAACACGGCCGUUUGGGAUGUGACCGUCGCGGGAGAGAAGCCCCGAGCGGUUGAUUCGAUGGAGUCGUUUUGGAUGGGUGAGACGCUCAAGUAUUUUUACCUCAUCUUUAGCGACCCGGAUCUGAUCAACCUGGAUGAGUAUGUAUUCAAUACUGAGGCGCAUCCAUUGAGACGGCUUGUUGCCUGA